UUGUCUCUCACGCCUCAUUCUUAUUUGACCCAAACCCCUCUCUGUUCCAUUUACUUUACUUAGAGGUGAUUAAAACCCUACUGUUCCCGGAUCUCUCUCCCCCAGUAUAUACACGUUUCGGUUGUCAUAGGGACCAAGACAGACCGAGACGGAGGUGGAGGUGGAGGUGGAGGCGGAGGAAGAGACAGAGCAAAGAAAGAUUUGAAAAGCGCCGGUUAUCAUGGCUCCCACACAAAGGAAAACCAGUACUCCCACAUACAUGAAAACAAGCACUCAUCCACCAAAACGACGAGUCACUUUCAAAUACAUAACGUUGCUCUCUUCCUUCCUCUUCCUCCCUGUCCUCUAUUUCUUCCUUCACGUCAAGCACAACCUCCAACCCACCGCCAUCGUCGACCACUCACUGCCGCACCACGUCCAAGUCCCCGACAUCCGAAUCCGCUCCGGCUACACCUCCUACAAGACCUACCUCCAGCACCAGCUCAACAAGACCCUCAACCCUAAACUCCGCAAAGUCUGGACCACCCGCGACUGGGACCGCAAAAUCCAGGUCUUCUCCGAGAUUUUCACUAGGUUGAAGCACGAAAAGCUCCUGUCAAAUAACUCUCGGGCGCUGUGUAUUGGCGCCCGAGUAGGGCAGGAGGUCCAGGCUCUGAAACGAAUCGGGGUGAAUGACUCGAUCGGGAUGGACCUCGUGCCCUACCCUCCUCUGGUUGUGGAGGGGGACUUUCACAGCCAGCCUUUUCAGAACGAGACGUUCGACUUCGAAUUCUCGAACGUGUUCGAUCACGCGCUGUACCCUAGGAAGUUCGUGGCGGAGAUCGAGCGGACGUUGAGGCGGCGCGGGGUGUGUGUGUUACACGUGGCCAUAUCGAAGCGGGGGGAUAAGUACUCGGCCAACGACCUGUUCAGUGUGCGGCCAUUGGUGGAGAUGUUUCAGAGGUCCGAGUUGGUUUAUGUCAGGAAGGUUGACGGGUUUGGGUUGGACACCGAGGUCGUCUUUCGGAAACGGGAAGUCAAACUCAUCCAACAACGGUGACAUGUCGAUUCUUGCUUUUGUUUAUUCAAAAUCUGAAUUUAGGAGAGUUUUGGUCGAAGA